AUGAUCAAGUGUUAUAUUCUUGAAAUUGCGAAGAUAGAUGUUGAGAUCACAUCUAUUCUGAAGAAGAUGCCCAUUCUGAAGCCAGAAGAACAACCCAAAGACGUCCAACACUUGAAGACAGGGAUUAUUCAAAAGAAGCAUUGGAGAAUUGUUUACAAGAGAAAGGAAGGUGAAGUGGUUCAGAACUGCAUGUUCUUUUUAAUGGACAAACACCUAUACUCAUCAUCGGCUCUCAAAACAAUCUUAUCCUCUACUGAAGCUCACAAAGCCAAUUUUUUUGGUGAUGUAAAAUGUGUUUCAAAUAUGAUAUGUUGGUAUCUAUCAUUUUGA